ACUAAAAUCUCAAAGUUAAACGACUCUGAUGAAAAUCGAGGUCAGAACGAGACAAAGAAUGAAUUGAACCAGGGUUCAAGUUACACUCAGAAUAAAAAUAUCUAGUUAGGCUGAACAAAUGAGAUACGUUGAAAAUAGGUUGAAAUCGUGUGUCUUCGAAUCUACUAAAUUUUUAUUUACUUCUACUGAAAAUCUGCCAGAUCUCAAGAAACAGAUCUGAAUUCUCUCAGAAAUUCUAGUCUCGAUUAAAUAUAUGUUGGUUAAGGUAAAGAAAUCACUUCUUUGAAAAUUAAAUAAAAGUCUGGUAAGGUCAAAAUUCAAACAAACCUUAUUCUGGGUGUAGGCGACGUUGGAUGAACCUAGUCUAAACCGCCGUGUUAAAAUUGACGGGGUUACAUUUCCAACAAUCCGACAGCAGGUAUAUUACAUUUCUAAUAUCAGAAGGGCGCGAUUACGUCGAGGGUGUACCCGAGAGAAGAGCGGUGCGUCAUUAUUUUAAGGGAGAGAAAGAAUCGUUCUCUCUCCCUCUUGACCCCCGGGGUCGCGAGACGGGAGACUCGGCUUCUGCAGGGCGAGGGUCAGUCACGUUGGGCUCGAGGGACCCAGCGGUAUACCUCGACUCGUGGGUGCGUGUGCGUGCGUGCGCGUGGGCGUUUCGUACCCACGAAACGCAGCAGCUGACUCACUCGGCGCGACCGUCCCCGCGGCGCGGCGGAGUCCGAAGCCGCGCGCCGAUUCGCUCGUAGUGCGGCCCCGCGCUCGGAACCGGCGGCACGUGUUCCUCGGAUAGGACUCGAGUCGACUUGAGUUACGUUCGACGUGCCGCGGCGAUUGUCCCCCCGGCGUGGACGCGUGGCGAGGAUGAUCGACGACGACGUCGACCGGCGGAGGGAAUCGAGUUGUUCGGCGGAGGAAAGUGGCUCUUGCCGCAACACGGGCCGUCAAAAGUGCAUCUCGACGGAGACUGGGAGAAUCUGAGAAAGGACAGAUUGGUUUUUUUUUCCUUACCGAAAGGAAAGGGCGCGAAUAUACACCGGCGAUCUCGGGAAAUUUGCGCGCGGACGCAAACUGCAUCCGACGCGUUCGGCGGAUCGCGUGUCUCGGAGGGCUUUCUUUCUCACGCGAACAAUCGUGCUCGUUCGCGGAGUGACUCGUCAUCUCGGAAGUGCGUAUCGAUCGCGAUUCUCGCCUCGUUAUCUCCAUUCCCGGGAUCUACUGCCGCGAGUUAGUGCAAGUCAUAGAACGUUCGCCGCGAUUGGCGCGGCGAUUUCUCCGACGGCGCUCGAGAGGAUCCGACCGGAUUGUGCGUGAAAACAAAACGACUCCCGACUGCCGCUUCUCCCCCACGGAGGGUGUCGGGAUUCCAUCGCCGAUCGAAGACAGAUGUUGGACCCGCGCCACGGGAGAAUCCACGCGUUAUCGGGAAGAAGGGGGCGACGCAUUCCCGCGAUGCAGCUGCAGCUGUCGGCGCAAUCGUUGCUAAUCGUUGCCGAACGUUGCUGGGCGUAGCUUCGCGUCCUGCGUUUCGCUAGUUGUCAGAGAAAGAGAAAUAUCGGAGGAGGGAGACGCGGAGUCGACGAGCGACUAUCAAGUUAUUAAUAAUCGCUCCGCGAAGUCGAUCGCUGAAAUUCAAUUCAUUCGCUGCUCCUUUCCGGACGCUUUCCCGGAAGCGAACUUGCGUCGCGAAGUCAACAAUUCAGUCGGGAGGUGAUCCCUCGAGAGCAAGCGGAGGACGUGAUGAGUCAAGGUGUCACGAUUAAGGCAUCGUUUACACGAUUUCCCUCGCUGUCGGCUCGAGUCUCUGGCAUUCUCCGACGACGGGCACAGCGGAGAAAUUUUCGUCGGCAAAAGUCUGAGGAGGCCGCGAUGCGUUGCAAUUUUUCACCUUGACUCCGCGACUCGAGGCGCGUCACCGUGCGAGAGGAGUCUUACUCGGAGGGGGGGCGAUUGUCGAGAAAAGGCGAGGAUGGCGAGCGAGGUGAUGCUGGCGCCCACGCCGGCGACGUCCAUAUGGGAGGUGGACGACGUCAGGGAUAUGGUUAGAAGCGCGACCGUCACUACGAUUUACGCCAAACAACGUGCCUCCGUAAAAUGGCUCCUGUCGAAGGCAUACAACAAUCGAGUGCCAGAAAAACUCCGCGACCCCUAUUACCGUGACCAUGAGGAACAAGAGCAUCUGAAGCCGCAGAUCGUUCACGCGCUUUCCAAUGCGGAGCUCUACUGCCUCGCGCUGGCCAACAUAUACUCGGAUCCUAAUUAUCACAACCAGAAUCACUACGGGAUCCUGCAAGCCCUGGCCAGGAAAGGCGUCUACGUCACGGAGCAGAACAAUACUCAGCUCACCGAAACGAUCCUCAUUCAAAAUUCACCACUCAAGAUGUCCGCGCAUAUGGCUGUGAUAGAAGGCCUGAUGGUCUUGUACGCGAAAGAGGUGGUGACGGGGGACCGGGUGGUCUCGGCGAUACGACGGUUUGACCUCCAGGCUGGCGUGGACAUGCCGUCGGAUCACGAGAAGGGUCUUCUGCUCUGGAUCAAUCACGCGUCGCACGCCCUGAUCGCCAAGAUUCAGAGCGAGGAGGGUGGCGGCGACAAGACGCGGCUGCCCGAGCUACCCGCCGCCAAGGACUUUCAGUCUCUGUGCGACGGUGUCGGCUUGGCGGCCGUUGUCGCCUUCUACUGUCCCGGCGAGCUCAAUUGGAUGGAGAUCAGGGUGUCGAAGAGACCCUCGGUAGCGGACGCGCUGCACAAUCUCUCCCUGGUGCACGCGUUCUGCGUCAAAUGCCUACCCUACUCCAUUUUCCACAUGCAGCCCGAGGACGUCACGUACAUGAGAGGAUCGAUGAAGCAGAACCUGGUGGUUUUUCUGGCUGACAUGUACAACGUCUUGGAGAUUCAUCCGGCGAAAUGCGUGCGCUAUCCUGGUGAGGAGCGGGCGAUGCAAUACCUAGAUGCCUGCCCGCGCAAUAGUCAUGGCGUAGCUCAUAAGAGAAGCCUGCCACAGUCUAUAGCUCCGAUACCUGAUCUGAGAAGCAACCUCUCCAUAUCCGCGCCAGGUUUCACAGUUACGAAGUCGACGUCAGGCAGCACUGUGAAGAAAUCGCAAUCGUUGCAACAAACUGCCGAGAGUCACCAGUACGAUGACAGGCGCGCGGGUAGCGAGGACAGUUUCGUAGUGCAUCGUGGCAAAGGUAUUCCCACGCUGAGCUCCGUAGCCGACGAGAAGUCUGCCAGAACUGAAGCCGCUGGUCGGCCGAGCAACUGGGAGGACCAACGGCGGAGCUCGUACGCCGGGCGUCGGUCCAGACGGAACAGCAUCACGGACGAUUCUCAGUUAACCAUCGAGAACUUUGGCGGGUCUCAGGAUAAUUUACACAAUUUUGGUAGAAAUCCGGACAAAGAGCUAGGCGCGCACACCGGCAAGCGCACCACUGCCGAGCCGACGUUGCCCGCGCGAUCCAGCGUCCAGGAUGUGUACGGUAGCGGCGUGCAGCACAUAAUCGCGGACAAUGGUUACAGCGGCGGCGAGGAGCCGACGAGGCUGCGGCGACAGGCGUCUAACAGCAGCCUGGAUAACGUCGCUCUCCGGCAAAUUUUACAUUCCAGCGCAGAGAACGACAACUGUGCGGACAGCGGCGGUGGCGGUGGCGUCGGUGGUGGCGGCGGCGAUGGCCUCACGAAGUUCGCCAGUUUCGCGAAUCUGAGCAGGCAGAGCUCGGAAAAGGGGAUCAAUUUCACGUAUACGGAACAGGAUGACGCUAAGUCGGGCAGGAAACACGGUCAGAGUAAUGGCAACGGGAACAGCGAGAAGAAAACGACAUUUGCCACUCUGCCAAACACAACCACGUGGCAACAGCAGAGCAACCAGCAGUCGCAACAGAUGGAGCAACAUUCUAUCGAUGAGAACGGCGGUAAUACCAUAAUGGCCUCGCAGUUGAAUAAUAUACGACUGAAGCUCGAAGAGAAGCGACGGCACAUAGAGAACGAGAAGCGAAAGAUGGAAGUUGUUAUGUCGAAGCAACGGCAGAAAGUCGGAAAGGCUGCCUUUCUGCAAGCGGUCACGAAGGGUAAGGUUAAAUCUCCUUCUUCGUCAACGUCCGGGGGGGACAGUCCGGCCGAGACAGUCGGUCCCCCCACCCCUGUGACCUCCGGGUCUUCCGGGGCGACCCCGACGAGCGUUUCCGAGACGUCCUCUGUACCCCAACAACCCCUUCAAGAAAAACCACAGAGACCCUUCUCGCUCAAGGAAAUAAGCGAAGAUGUGCGGGACGUCGAGCACAAGUGGUUGGAGCACGACGGCAAUGCGCCAUUCAUCGAGACCAGGCGCACUCCGGACAUCGAGAAUAUGGAUCCCGAGCAGUAUCGUCAAUCCAUAUCGCAAAUGAACAGCAGCCUGAGCGAGAUCCAAGCGGACAUACAGCGCCUGGCGAACCAGCAGAAUCAGAUUCAGCAGCAGCACCUGAUGUCGCAGCACCAGAAACAGAUGCAGCAACAGCUUCAGCAGCUGCAGAGCCUCAGUCACCAGCACAUGCAAAGUUACGGGAUGCCGCCGAUGAAUCCGUUAGCGCCCAGACUGCAAGAUACGCAACAGUCGCAGUUCUACUUGCACGAUCAGCCGCAAGUGCAAAGGAGAAUGUGGGGCCAGCCGGCGCCCGCUCAAAGUCUGGCCAAUGAAAUGGCCGCGGUGGGCUACCAGCAGUCUAUGGAAUCGCGAUUUAGUCCUCAGCCUGCCGCUUAUCAGCAGGAUAUGCGCAUGUACGCGGAUCCCACGAGGACUUGGGCACCGCACCCGACGCAAAAGGGAUUCGUUUUGCACGACACUCAGGAACCAAGGUACCUCAACGGGGAUCAUAGUCUGUGUAAUAAUCAAAUGAGCCACCCCGGUCCGACCAGCGUCUUUCCAACGUCUUCGUCGCUUUUCAACCAAACACAAGCCACGUCUGCUAGUCCACAACACCGUAACACCGUUCAUCGAAUAAGUCAGUUAAUGAGCGAGAGCCCCGAACCUAAGAGAUCAAUUGUACAUCACAUCCCGAUCUCGUGCGAGAGCCCGACGGAGAAGAGGCAAGUUACAGCUUUGCACACUCCGGUACCAGCUCCGCCAGCCGAUGACAUGAAGCCCCAAAAUAUAUCUUUUAUCGGCAACGACGAUGACCUCGCGCAAGGUAUUCGCGGCUUGAACAUCACGUCGGGUAGUCGUACGUACAGAAUACCAUCGCCAACUAGACCCACGAUAUCGCAGAACUCCUUCCAACCUCACCCUCACCCGUCGCUGAGAGAGACAGUUUCGUCGCGUUCUGCCACUCCGGAUAUCACGCCUCUGGAUCCCACGGACGCGAACGAGAAAGGAUUCUACAUCUCUUUCGACAAUGACGCUCCUAAGAAACCGAAACCGACUCUCAGAGUGAAGAGAACGUCUCCGAAAAAGGAACGAAGCAGCAUAUCGUCCUACAUCGAGCACGAGGACUUUACGGUGCGUCCGGAAUCGCCUCCUACUAGCGCGGUAGAAAGGCAGAAACAAAUGGAAGCUCAGCGAGAGUUAGAGCGAGAGAGAUUGCGACAAGCCGACGAGAGGGAACAGCAGAGGCAAGAAAUGAGGGAUAGGGAGCUCAAACGGGAAAUGGAGAGGGAACGACAGAGGGAGAAACAACAGCAAGGCAACAGUCCAGAAGCCGCCUGUUCACACGCUUCCGGAGUCGGUCUGGUGAUUGGAAACCAACUCACGAAUCCCGAUCCGAAUUCUAUGGACGAAAUGGAGAAGAAGAAGGAGAGGAUAAUGCUAAUGUCGCUGCAAAGAAGGCAGAGGCAGGAGGAAAUGAAGGAGAGAAAGGAAGUCGAGACCCAAGCGCGCAGGGAACAGGAGAAAAUGAAGGUGGAGGAAAGAGCUCGCAAGAAAGAGGAGGAACGACAACGGCGAGCCGCUAUCUUGGAGCACCAUAAGGUGAAGAAAGCGAUAGAGGAAGCAGAGAGAGAAGGUAAGGUAAUUGAUAAGGAGCUUCUGAAUGCAAUAAACCCAGCAAAAUUACGUAACAAGACUGCAACCGCUCGACCGCGGCCCAAAACGAUUCACGGAGACGCCGGCGCGGUAUUGGAUUCCGGGGCUCUUACACCUAGUCGCGGGAAGAAGGGUUCUUCUUCCAACUUAAGCACAGCGUCGCUGACCUCUCCGACGAUGAGGCGAGACUACUACCGAGGCUCGCAGGAUAGUCUCACUGCUGCCCACCUCGAUGACCGACGUUCUUCCGGCUCUCUUUAUCGGGGCGGCAGUCUCAGGGUAUCUUCCGUAGAUUCGCCCGACGACGGUAGAGGUUCCUCGCCUUGCCGCAGCGUGAAUCAACUCGGCCGACGCGGCUCCUACAAGACCUCCAGAGAUGUGCAGGAGUCUCAGCAACAAGUUAGAGGCAGGCCUAAAUACCAGACUUACCAAAACUUUAAGGGGAGAAAGUCUAAUUCCCUGAUGAAUUUGUGCGAUUCGGACAGCGGCCUGGGCAGAUCGACACCUCCGAGACGCGCCGCCAGUCCAGGUAUAGGCAGUAUGAGGCACCUAACGUCACCCUCGGGUCCGGGCUCGCUACCACCCGCCCUGAUGACAUCGAAGAAGAGGAUCUACGACGACGGCAGCAGCGAUAUCAGCAGCACGCCCAGCUCAUCUUUGAUGGACUACAACGGCCCGAGACUGUAUAAACUGCCGAUAGCCAAGUCGAAUCGCAACUUGAUGCUGAACGCGGUGGAGUACUGCGUCUUCCCCGGCACGGUCAACCGGGAAGCCAAAUCGAGAGUCCUGGAGGAGAUCGGCCGGUCCGAGAGCAAACACUUUCUCAUCCUGUUUCGGGACGCCGGCUGCCAAUUCCGCGCUCUCUAUUCGUAUUGUCCCGAGAGGGAGGAAGUAGCCAAGCUGUACGGUACUGGGCCCAAACAAGUCAUCGAUAAUAUGUUCGACAAGUUUUUUAAAUACAAUUCCAGCGGAAAAUGCUUUGCGCAAGUUCACACGAAGCAUCUGACGGUGACCAUAGAUGCCUUUUCGAUACACAACAGCCUGUGGCAAGGCAAAAAGGUGAACUUACCGAACAAGAAGGACAUACCGCUCGUCAUAUAGUUUUACACAAGUGGUCACACACUUAACAUUACGCUACUGUGCCCUCUGUUGUUCAUAGUUACUAUUUUAAUACAGGCCCAUAUUAAAUUAAUGCGAAUACGUUGCGUUCUUAGUCAAUUUUAUAAGGACAAUUGAUCGGUGCUGACCCCGUAAAGAAACGAUCGCGCGUCGCUUCCAGAGGGGUGGAAAAGACCGGGCAGGGAGGGGGGGACGUUAUCAUCAGGGAGAAUGUGAUUUGUUUUAACUUUUUUUUUGCCUUUAUCCGUUUUUCGUUGAGCGUCAGCAUCAAUCACUGUGUCAUAAGAGUACCAGUAUAUACUUGUAAGAAUGGUUUGUCAAUACAUCCCUAAGAUACCACUUUUCUUAAUUUUGCGGACUAACUCUCGUCAUGUAACCGCCUUGUAAUCUUGUAAAACGCUGCGUUGCGACCGCGUGGACGCGCGACUCUCACGGAUGUAUGCGCGAAAGUUGAGUCUUUCUCCGAAAUUUAUUUUGCGAGGCGAGGCGCGAAGUAACGAGGGAGGAUGGCAACCGUUGCAGCCUGUGUUCUCGCGCGUGCACACGCGCGUGCGUAAUUUGCGAUUCGCACAGGUCUCAGUUCUUCGCUAGGCUAGGGAUUCUAAAUUAUUCAACGACUAUUAUCCAGUGGCGUUUGAGACUUUUUAAAAGAGUAUAUUAGGAUAUGAUAACGCGAAACACUAUUAUUGUGAGGGAUCAUUAAUUUUUAGAUGUGCCUCGUGCACAAAUCGCUGACUUUCAACUUCGUUUUUAUUUUCUGUAUAAUAGCAUGCAAUGCAACCUCGCAAGAGAGAUGUCCUCUUUCUUUUUUUUAUACCACUCCUUUUUAAUCGAGAAGAAUGGUUUUUUUAUAUAUAUAUAUUUGUCAUAUCUUACCGGUUGAGAUACGCGAAUGCUCUCAACGCGGCUCAAUCGGACGGGGUUGAAUUAAUGAUUUCUCAUACUGCAUACGUUUCUCGCGGCUGUUGACGAUUGUAACGCGUAGCGCAAAUCUCGCAGUGUCCCCCUCUCGCCCCCCUUUUCUCCGCGAGGGAAGAAAUCCUUGCCAAUGUGUGGGGUGGCGACGGACGCGAACGACGAUUAGCUCAUGUUGUAAAUAAAUCAGUUUGUUGCGUAAUUAGUUGAGCCAGGUGUAAGAGACAGCCUUACGAUAAAUCCGGGCGUAUAUGAGAUACAUGCGUUGAGUCCGUUUCUUUUUGCGGCGAAUGAUGAACGAGCUGCGAUAAUAUGCGUUUCGAGUCUACAGCGUAAAACAAAAAGAAAACGCACGUGCGAGGUAUGCGCGUGCAGUUGACGCCGAAGCGGCUGUUUUAACGCCAGCGAUGUGUUGUUUCGUUGACGGAUGAUUAAGGCAAUCACGAUUGUGUAUAGAAAGUGGAUAAGUAUCGUUGCCUCGCGAACCAAAUCGAAGGACCGUCGGGAAGGGAAAACUCGCGGUGCUUUCCUUUCCCUCCCGAACGCGCUUCAAUCUUUAUUCGUUUUGUAAGAGGAAGGUGGAGGAUGGAGCGUCGUCUGAAUCGCGAAAUUUUAUCCGUCGAACCGCGCUUCAUCUCGAGCCGAAGCCUCGGUAUGUGACUCCGCAAAAGUUCGCACGUUCUCCCGAGCCUUCAUGUUACGCCUUCCUCCGAAAGAGAGACCGAAAGAGAGAGGAAAACAGUAUGAAGCCUUAUGUUAUGAACAAUGUAAUUGGUUUAUAUAAUGUAAGUGCGUAAAGACAUUUAACGAAUUAACACAGCCUGACUUUUCUUCAACCGUAUCUCGCCACCGUACAUUACGUUAUUCCCCGUAGGAUCUGUCGGCAACGCGACGCACAUCCCGCCGUCUCUCAGCGAAACCUCAGUCAGUCCGGGCGAACAGAGAACGCGGCGGUCCGCGUGCACGCGGGCGCCGUAGUUUAUCGGAGGGACUGUUAUAAUUUAUUGUGCCAUAAAUUCGACGUUCGCUUUUCGCGUGGGACUGGCAUUCGGCUUCCUAUCUCGCUGAACGGGCCUUUUUCGGUCGAAAAUAUGUUUCUUUCAUUAUAACGUUGUUGUUAGAAGAAGAAGAAGCUAGAGAUAGGUAGACUUCAAGUAGACAUUUUGUAUGACAAUAUCGGGGGUCUGUCGUUUGUACGAUUAUUUUCUCCCCGGUCCCGGGCCCCGUCCACGAUGACGUGGUCUCGCGGACGCCGCCUCGAGGAUCCGUUUCUCCGAUUAUUUUGUACAAUAAGUCUUCGACUCGGCACGGACGGUCGUGCCGAGUACAGGUAGACCCUCCAUAUUCCGCGACACGACGUAAUACAAGCGUACAGGAUUAUUACACGACACAAUUACACAAAUACAACGCGACAUAUCGAAAUCCAGUGUUCUCCGGCAGCUGAAACUGCGGAGGAGUAAUCUAUGUAUCUUCAAUUCGCGUGGGACGUCGCGGCCAGCUUGGUCUCGCCGUUCGACCACGUGUAACGAGAGGGAUUUGUGAGAUUAAACUCCGUCGAGAUUGUAGUAACAGAGAAAAAGAGAGAGAGAGAGAAAGAAGUUCACUGUUCUAUAUCCCCGUCUGUUGUAAAUUUAUCCGAGUGCGAUUAUGAUACAAGAGAGGAAGAGAGCGAUAAGGUAGAGAGAAUCUUAGACUCAGAAACAGUCCGACCUGACAAUAUCGAACGUGAGGUACGCGCCAUAGGGGAAAAAAAAAAAAGAGAAUAUGAGAUCUUUCGAGGUGGAGUGCAAAUUGUGGUAAGUCCAUGACGAUGGACGAUGUUUGAGAAGAGAAUGAAGAAAAAGAGAGAAAAAGAUAUAUGAUUGCAAUUAAUAUAUAUAUAUGUAUACAUAGUCAUUAAUCUUAAGAGCCAGCGAGAUAAUGGCUUGUGGAAAUGGGAUUGAUUACAGAGUUAUGACGUUAACAGAGAUCUCUCGAUAUUGGUCGCUUAUGCUUGAUAUUUAUAUUUUUUGAAGAAUAGAUAUUAUUAGUGAGCUGGCGAAAAAAAAGAAGACUUGGACGCGACAAUUUUUUGGAUGUGGGCAAAACGGAGUGGACCGAGACGGGAAGGAGGAGAGAGACGGGAAAACCGAGGCAUACACGUACACACAAUUGAAUGCUGCGGCACGACGUGAAUUUGUACGCCGCAGCUAAAUUGCGCUUACUAAUAAUAAACGAUUAUUGUUACGUAAUAAUUAUCGAUUUUUAUUGUCGCAGAAAUUUCGACGUCAAUGCGAAUAUCAGUUCUCGAACUUCUAUCCGUGUCUCUGUAAAUAUUAUGUUUUUAUAUACACGUAAAACGAAGAACGUAUACCUACCUACUCGACGAUAUGUAUAUUUAUUCAGUACGUCAUGUAAGAUUUGGGUCAUAAUUUACUGUUAGCAUCUUCGCAGCGAAUGUCAUUAAUAAAAUUUAAUAACCCA